AUGCCAAAAUCUCACGACUGGCGCGAUAUCGAGAAUUUGGGGCCUAAGGAUGCGCAUUUAAUCAAAUCUAUGAUUGAGCUGAAGGAAAAGCUGUUAAAGAAGAAUUGUCCUAAGGUUUCUCCUGCAGACGUACAUACUGGAUUUCAUCGCGGACGUCGAGUUCUAAUCGGAAAUAUCUUCUGGCCCGACAUUAUUUCGAUCCACCAUUUACACAUGCACGUUAUUGUUGGACCUCGAUUCUGGUUAAAGUUCUUCAAAUAUCCCCCAUGGCUUUCACUCAUGGUGGAAGUCCGAGAAACAGGUAGAACGAGAACUGAACGGAAAUUCGACAGGCAACAAGCUUCGACUGUUUAA